CAAAUGAAUCCAGUUUGCUUGUUAUACGCCGGUCGUUCGGGUGUGUGCCGCUACAGUGUUUUUGGCAGUGAUGUAAACAAUUAAAUUUGAAUUUUUCUGUGAAUCAACACACUCUCUUCACACGAGUGUUGAUAAGAAUAUGUGUUGAAGUUCAUUUUACACAAGUACCAGUGGAUUUUGGUGGGAUUUUUUAAUUUAAAGGUUGCCAAAAUGGCAGCUCAGUUGCAUCUGCAGCUGCUCCUGGCGAUGUUCGUGCCAGCUAUUGCGCAACUGGAGAUGAAGUUCACCAAAUAUCCUGAAUCAGUGAUAGCUCCCCUCGGUGAUAGAGUCACGUUUGAGUGCGAAGUAAACGUACCGGGGGAGCGGUUCGUGUGGCGAUGGAAACCAGACCGGGAUGACGUGCAGUGGACUGAAGUGGUGGACGGAGACGGCAAGAAGAUCAUACCUGGUCUGCCGGGCAGAAGCACCAAGCUGGAGAUAGAAGUCAUGAUGAAUUUAGAGACCACUUGGUUUCAGUGCGUAGUUUGGUAUGGAGCAGUAAGUUUAACAUCAGUACCGGCCCGUCUAUCAGUAGCCAGGCUGAUCAACGCAGGAGACAGAGUGACCGCUGAAGAACGAGUCAUCUCAGCACCUCUACACAACACUGUCAUCUUGCACUGCAAGGAGCCUGCGUCGGAACCGCCUGCUGUGCUCACGUGGUGGAAAGAAGGUUCCAAGGGUAAAAGGAAGCAACUGGAAACUCCUCACGGCGUGCUGGUGAUUCAUAACGCGACGUCAGAUGACAGUGGAACAUACAGCUGUAGGGCCACCAAUGAGCUGAGUGGAGAGGCGCUCGAUGUGGCACAGAAGACUCAUCUGAAUGUCCAACGUGAGGGAAGCAGGGAAGUCAGGUUUCUGGAAUCGGAAGAAUAUGUAGGUGUGAUAGAUGACGAUGUGUUGACGAUGCCAGUGAAACCUAACGGAGUGCUUCGGCUAUGGUGCGGAGCGGUCAGCACUCCUCCUCCGAAGAUCUCAUGGUCUUUGGAGGGCGAGGGAGAGUUGAAGACAUUCGCCAAUCAACACAUGCUGAUGAUAUCACCUUUUACACCUGCGAAUGAGGGAGUAUACGCGUGCUCGGCGAAUGGAAUCCGUCGUUCGUGGAAGGUGCUAGCCCUGCAGCCUCCUCACUGGGACGGAAACGUCUCUGUAUCCACUCCUAAUGAGGGAGGGAAGGCACAUGUCACCUGUGGGAACUCCUUCGGACAACCACCGCCAGAAGUGUACUGGGUGCUCAAUUCUGAGCUGCUGAAGAACGAGAAAGGGAUUAAAGCUAACAACACGGACCUGUACAUCGAGCACGUGGAGAAGCGGCACGCCGGCAUCGUGCAGUGCUUCGCGUGCAACGCGCUCGGCUGCGCGUACGGCGCCGGCAUGCUGUCUGUCGUACCGCUGCAGAUACCUGACCAGGACUACCCAGUUGAAGUACCAAAAACACGUUACUCAGUUCAACCACCAAAAAGGCACAACAGAAAGAAUCCCAGAAAGCAUAAAGCCGUAAUGAUUCCCCCAUCAAGGCCUAACGUUACCCGGUUGAAUGAUGAAAGCGUCAUGGUGUCAUGGUCGCAUGACAAUCAAGGACUACCCAUCCGGUUUUUCAAGGUACAAUACAGAGAGGUGAGCAACUCCAGCAACGUGCAGUGGAACACUGCUAACCAGGAUAUACCGUCAUACAUACAUUCCUACCAGAUAGACGGGCUAACUCCCGGCAAAUACUACAAGUUCCGCAUCGCAGCAGUGUACUCGAACCAGGACAACAAGUCGGGCAAGAGCAGCGCGCGGUUCCACCUGCAGCGCGGCGGGUUCAAGGCGCCGCGCGCGCCCGUACUGGCGCGGGCGGUCGCCAUGUCGCCCACUACUAUACAACUGGAGUGGACGUGGUCAAGCGGCGGCGAGGUAGAAGCGGAGGGUUUCUACGUGUACUACCGCGCGGUAUCCUCGGCCGGCGCGUACGAGAAGGUGACGGCGGCGGGCGGCGCGCGGGCCCUCACGCUCACGCACCUCGCGCCCGACACCAGCUACGACAUCAAGCUGCAGGCUUAUACUGCACAGGCUGCCUCUGAGUUUAGUGCUAUUAAGACUGCGAAGACUCUUCGUCCAGCAACAGGAACGAGUCACAACUCGGCCGGUACGAGCGUGAGCAGCGGGGGCGCGGCUGGGGGCGCGGGCGGGGGCGCGGGCACGCGGGGCGCGCCGGGCGCGCUGGUGACGGCGGGGGGCGCGCUUGGCGCCGCCGCGCUGCUCGUGCUGCUCGCCAUCGCGCUGCUGCUCUGCAGGCGCGCCAGGAGACCCACCGCAGACAAAGAGAAAGGCUCAGUGCCCGAGACCGGCAACACGAACGGGUACAUCCCUGCUAAAGUGCCAAUCACUAUUACGGCCAACCCCAUGCAUUCCGAGGGCGGGGAUGCAGGAGUAGAAAUGUCAUUUUUACAUAACAACAACACUGGCAACAAUGACGACACGCUGCCUCACUCGAGGAAAAACGGACCAGCGCCGCGACAGUACGUGUGAAAAUAGACUCCAAUUCCUAAGACAUAAGGUUUCAAAUUAAAUAAACGUGUUGCCCCAAUAAACUACCAAUUUGGUAGAAAACAAAAUUUUAGAGGGAAGAAUGUGAUAGUUAUCGUUUUAUCGCCAUAUCGAAGUGUACGGACUUAUGACAGUACAAAAUUAUAUUUAUAAUAUUUACUUAGUGUAGGGAUUUGUGAUUAACUAGUGUCCAAUGUUAAGGCACUGAGGAUUCGAUUUUAAGCAAUUUUGCUACAACGGGCUGAAGUAUUGUUUGAUGAGCUAAAUUGCUACGAAUACGGUUUGAAUUAUUUAUAAGACAAGUUUACGAUAAUUUUAUUUAUUAAAGUGUUGAGAACAAGUAUAGAUCUGAAGUUAGAUGUAAGUUUGUAUUAUUUAGUUAGGGACGCUUAGCGUGAUGCGCUUUAGCCUGUUGCUUGAUAAGAAGCUCUUCAGUGUUGCCAGAUGAAAAAGCAAGAAUAAAAACGGUAGAAAAGGCAAUGUACUUAAGAAUUGUUAUGAAUUUUGUUAGAAACAAAAUUGUAUUUUGACUCCUUUCAGUAAUUUUCUGUUUCAUUAUAUUUUAGUUUUUGUAAAUUUGUUUAUUUAAGUUUUUUUUUUAUUAUUUGUAAGGUUGUGACGCACAGGCAUUUAUACUACAAUGACUAUACGACUCUUAUUUAAUUUUGCACAUCACAAUAAUUAAUCAAAACAGUUUAUAUUUAAACAUCAAACAUAUUUUCUGUAAACAAGACUUCAUUAUUCAAGGAACGUACUUACGAAUUGUCUUUAAAUAUGAAUUAAUUAAAGAUUUGUACUACACUAUGUUAUAGCAAUAACUACGUUCUAAGGUAAUGAUCUAGUAUUAUAAUGUUAUGACUAAUAGGUAUGCAUUAAGGACUGCCUUGAAAACAUUACAUCGAAAGAGUCUCUUUUUAAUGUGAAACGAGAACUACUAAACAGAAUCUAAUUUAUUUAACCAAUCAGAAUCAAGCACAGAUAACGUAAAAUAUACUUUUCGUUUCACAUCAAAAUGAAAACAACGCAUUCGCUCAUGAAUAAUGCUCGCAAAUAAGACUGAGAAUAAAUGUUUUUAGUUCACUCAACUUUUCGAGUGGACCGCGAUACUAUUAUCGUAGAAUAUAAAUUAAAAAAUAUUAAAUUAAGACGCAAAUUGAUUUAGAAAAUUGUUUCAAAAGGACUUGAGGCUUAACAGAAAUAGAAAUUAUGGCGUUACAGUUCGCUGUGUACAAAACAAAAGGUAAAUUCAGUUUUUUCUAAUUUGAAUAUUAAUGGCGGCUAAUUUUCAUUUCUGUUAAGAGCUCUGUUUACUGGUCCAUGUUGAUAAGAUGCGAGAUUGACGUGACUGUAUUUUUGAAUGAUUUUUUAAUCUAUGGGAAGGCGUCAGCUGUUUAAAACCUACUGCGUUUUUGGUAAGUAAAUUGUUACGUGUUCCAAGUAAUAAAAAUAAAAUAAAGAUAUUAUAUUCUUACAAAGAUAAGAAGAAUGCUUGAAUAUCUAUUCUUCUAUAUCUAAAUUUAGAAUCGAUAAAACGUUACGGCCGUGGGCUUUGCAUAAAAAAAAAUAUUGAACUUUGGAACUGUCAAAAAAUUUCGCGGAAGUUCAGAAAGUUUGUAAUUAAUGACUCGUUACAAUCUCCACUAAAGCCUCCUACACAGUUGGUAUUAAAGAUGAUUUUAUGUAAUACUAUCAUCGUCAUCUUUUAAAUUAUAUCUACUUAAACAUAAAAAUCUUCAAGUGGUCUCAAGCGACGCUGACGCCUCUUAACCCUCUCAUAAAACCGAGUAUAAAGUAAAAUAUUUAAAUUAAAAAAGCUUAAAUAAGGCGCAGAAGUUCAUAAAUCUUGCAGGCCUAAUAAAAUAUACAAUUUAUCAACGUUAAUUUUAGUACAAGAUUUGUGGCUUCGGCGCCAUUUUGUGAAAUAUGAACGACUAAUUGAUUUAUAAUUGUACGCUGUACAUCAAUAUGUUUGUAAAAAUAAUUAUUAACAAUGCAAUCCAAUAAAUCUUUUAAAUUAUUA